UUCGACAUUUUCACGCGACUCGGAUCGGUAGUUUUAUUUUCGAGCUCCGGCGGAUAUGGGGAAAGUAUAGCCCCUAAGGAUAUUAAGUGAUAGUGCGGAUAAAUAAAAAUAUUUACAAAAGUGUCCUGGUGUGAAACUAAAUAUCUGUAAAAAAUACAACGAUGAGAUUAGAAAGCGCCAAGUGGGCGCUGUUGGUGUGUCUCGGUAUUUUUUCUUUAUCUGUUCGGAUUCAGGCCUAUUCACAGGUUUUGGUCAGUGGCAAUGGAGCUGAAAACGACCAGGGACCGCGCAUAUUUAAGGCUCUUAAUACGGACUUAAUAUUUCCAAAAACCUUCAACUCCAGUGAGAAUGUCUUCUCAACUACUGAAGCUCCUGCGACUAUUUCCACACCCUCGACUAUCCUUCAUCCUCUUCCCUACAACCAUCAACCCGAGAGAACAACAAACUCGCCCAUUUUUGUGACCCCUUUGGUCGCCUCGGAGACGGAGAAACAAAGUGAUCCUGCUCCCAAUCCUAAAACUGAUCCAGAACCGGGUCCUGUUUCCGAGGAGCAACCAGAACCAGUUGUGGAAGGAGCGUCCACAGGACGCGCCGUGGAUUACCGGACAGCGUAUCCCUUCGGUCAACUGAUUACCCCCUUGCUGAGAGGCGGAAAACCACAACAGUACAACUCAAGACCCUCCAAGACACGUAUUUAUCCGCAAGGUAGACCUUCUUACUACUCCUCAUCGUCACGAAAUCCAUCUCGCUAUCAGUCUUCGAGGCCCAGCUAUAAAAAAGGAUUCAGAGAUCGCUUUGCUCCUGGCGAGGGAACAGCCGCCAAUCUGUUCAAAGGUCAGCACGACCACAGCCACGAUCAUAGUCACGAUCACAGUCACGAUCAUUCCCAUGGCCAGGAUGGCAAAGUGGCCGCCGGAUCCAAUUCUGUGAACUCCUAUGUCGCUCCCGGCGAUACCUACUCUUUCCCGCCCUUGAACACCAAAUAUCCGUCGCCCUCGCAGGAUCCCAAGGCAGCCUUGCCUUCGGAUACUGUGACCAGUUACCUGCCACCCGCCUCUGGAGGACUGAGCAAUGCGGGGUACAACUAUCCGGGACCUUCGUUUCCGGGUUACAAGUACCCAGGACCACUGGCCAACUCCAAUGGCGACAAGGAUGCGGCGGCCAGUAUGGCGAGUGCAUCGCCUCCGGUCGACGACGACCCCGGAAACGAUGAUACGAUUGGAGUCCUGCCCGCCAGUGCCAUGGAUAACCUUCCCACGAAGGAUCAGGAUGCGAAGGAUGCUGGCGCAGCGGCUCCUGGAAUGGGAGAUGGCAUGGAUAUGGGUCCGGCAGAUGGCGGAGAUAAUGGCGGUGGCGGCGGAGGGGAUGGCGACGAUAGUCCCCUGCCAGCUCUCCACAACGACGGUUCGCAUCCGGAAGACGAUCACAAGUACGAUCCAAAUAUGGAAUAUGCCACACCACCUCCGGGAUGGCUGGAAUCUCACCCAGAAUCGGCUGCCCCCAAGCCAGAGGAUCACGAUCACGACCAUGCACCCGAUCACGACCAUGUCCACGAUCAUGAUCACCACCACGAUCACUAUCCUGGUCACUUUGAUUACCAGCCCUCGUAUCCGGAUGACUCGUAUCCGGAUGUGAUAUACGACGACCAUCCACAUCACCACCACCAUGUUCACCACCCGCCGCCGCCUCCUCCGCCACCACCACCACCACCGCCGCCACCACCACCCACCGAACCCCCACCACCGCCUCCGCCGCCGCCAGAGCCUCGUGUUAAGAAGUACAGCUACUUCUACAUUGGCCGCAAGCUCUGGUACAUCCCAUUGUACUUCACCGUGUGGUUCAGCUUCUACAUCCUGUGGCUCAUCAUCAAGUCCAUCGGCCGCCACAAGGUCAACCUGCCCAAUCACUACGUCUCGCGACGCAGUGCGCCCGAUCCGUUUACGGAUCAAGGUCGGGACGAAUACAUUAACGAGAUGACCGUAAGGGUGCUGGAACACAUCGAUAGCUUUAAGCAGAAAUACUUGAGCUGAUAAGGACGCUAACCAAUUCCUAACGACUAAUAAAAAAUUAC